GGAUAAUGCUACGCAUAUAUGGUGUAAAAAACCAAAGUGAUAGUAAUGCUGAUGGCAAAGAAACGGUUAUAAGUGAGAUAAUCUUGAACUCUCAUAAAAGUCAGACAAGAUCAGGUGAUAACCGUCAAAAAAGUUAUAAAGAAACAACCAAUCGUUGUAAGGAAGAUGUUGUGCAGAAAACAAGCAUACACAAGAAUAAAGAUAAAUCCAGUCUACAUAACGUUGAUGGGAAUGAAUUACAACCGAAAUCCAACAAAAAUGAAAGGCACAUUGCUGUGGUCCGUCCACAUCUGCAUCUUUUAAACUGCCAAGAAGUAGAAAAUUCAGAUGACAUAUUACAACAUAGAACAAGGGAAAGUGUUCAGGUAACUGGAGUCUCCGAGAAUACACAAGUUGUUCUUCAUGGAGCAGAGGGCUCAGAAAGCAAACGACCAAAAAACCAGCUAUGUCACGGAACAGAGGACCAAUCAUUAUCUCUCAGGGAUAGAGAUAUCUUUAAGGGUACACCUCCUGAAUUUCAAAUUGACUGGACAAAAGUUUUCUUACAGUUAUCAAGAUCGUUUCCUGCAACACGCUGGAAAUUUUUUGCAUUGGAAUUACUUAGCAAUUGUCAGGAGAUGGCUAGAACCGUUGAUGAUACAGUUAAUGAAACUGAGCUAGAAGCAAAGAAUCAGCAUACAGAAGGUUGGGUCUUUUAUGCGUAUUUCAAGGUAUUUAAUAAAUGGCUUAACAAUUUGGGAUGCACAUAUGCAACCUUUGAACAUAUCGAAGAUGCUGCUACUCAUGCCUUUGAUUCAAAAGAGGAUAAAAAACGGAUUGAUUUUAUCAAAAGGAACCCACCAAUGAAAAGUACAACGCCAAUGCCUUUAGUCCCUCCUUAUUUAGACCUAACAUUUAGGAACAACUCUGCACUUUCUCAACAGUAUAUGGCCUUGCAUGAUGAUGAAAUACCAGGCAAUUCUACUAAUUACGCGAGAGAAAUAUAUGUCAGAUCAAGACAAACACAUAGGUUACAAGUGGGCCAUUGCUCGUACUGUUCUAGGUAUACUACAAACGAAGUAUCAAAUCUUCAAGAAACAUCAGUUCAGUUAAACAAAACCAGUGUUGAUACUAAAGAUAAUGUCAAACGAGAACGAAUUAAAAAACGAAAGAAAGGUCAAUCAAAAACCACAGCAACAUAAACGAAGUACAACUGAAGAGUAUAUCAUUGAAAAUGCAAGACUUAAUUUGCUUUUAGAUUCCAUGCCAAUUCGUCAAAAUGACAAUGACAUGUUCAUGAAUUUUGUUCUCGACCUUAUUUCGAACGAUUGUCAUGUUGGCAAAGAAACGGUAUUAUCAAUUACACACGAAGAAUUCUGUAAAGCUCAAGAAAUCAAUACAAAAGAAAAAGAUACCUUCUUUCUUCUGAAGAGUGGAAAAACAAAUCUUUUUAUUGGAAAAGAAGUAUACGAGGAUUUAGCUGUUUACGGAAAUAUCGUACGACCAAAACUCCUGACAUAUCUGAAGGCCAAAAAUAUUGACUAUGAUAGUACCGCUUCAGAAAGGUUUUUAUUCAUAAAAUUCAAUAGGAAUUCACAAAUGAAA